AAAAACCGGGGCGCGCAGAUCAUAAUCUCAGUUAAGGCUCUAUUCUACUAGAAUUGUGUUGUACUCAAACUUAACAGACGAGUGGGCCAGGCUGACAUGAAGUUCAUCGUUCAUCUGGGCUUAGGCUCGUUCUAUCUUCUUGAUCGUUGACACAUACUUAGUCUAGUACAUCAGCAGGGAAAAGGCGUCAGGGAUGAUGCUGAGACACUCACUCUUUAUACUGUGGGAAGAAUACGGCUCCCUAGCUACUUAGGAUACGACUACAACACGAAGCGAAUACCAAGAAAUGAGGUAGUUAGGCUACAACGACUCGUUGGUACAGACUCGUUGGUACUACAUUAAUUGGGAACGAAGAUUUCUUCUAGAAGGCUCUAACAGUACACUUGUUGUGGUGGGUGCACUCUAUGCGAUCCCGUUCUGUGGAAAGGCCGAUUACUACUACAGCGUGUUGCCUGACUUUUUUUUAAGGCUCUUCUCACUAGUUGACUCAUCUGCUCACUGUUAAUUGAGUUUUUAUUAUGAUCUCACUGUGUGUUAGUUUUUGAUUGUUAUCGAUUCAUCUCCUACGCAUUACUAAUCUGACGCAUGCCUUGAUUCAUCUCUCACUGUUCUUGCAUAUUUGAAAUAAAGUAUCUAUGACUGGCUCCGUAUCUCCUCCAUGAUAAUCUUCAAAGGUUUUUUUCGGAAUUUUUCAUGGUACUUAUUAUCAGAAUAUUUCCACAUCGAGAGGGAGGGAUACUGCAGGGCCCUAAUUCUUGUCGACAAAGAUUACAGUAUCUUGCCAGCACAUUGGUCAGGGCACUGGCUCGAAGAGCACAUGCUCGAUCCUGCUUCAAGUAGUAGUCAGAUUAAGGCCACAAGAAACCCAUCUUUACAGGCAUUUUGGUUCUACCUGCUGCAGUUACUCUGCGUGCAGUAAGAUAAGCUCAAAAUCAGCUCAAAACCAAAGACAACAAUGAAUGAGCAACUUUUAAACCACAUAUAUUUAAAGGAAAAAGGUGGCCCGAGAUGCUGUUGGCGAUGGAUCUCUCUUGUUAGUUCUAAGAGUAGCAUGAUCAGUGGCUUAGUUGGCCCGGAAAAUGAGAAAGACCAAGCGUGGCUGCAGACAAGCACCUCCGACGCUGCUGGAGAAAUGGCCAAAGAAAAAGCUAAAGCGAGUGCUAAGCAGGACGCUGACGCCAACCACGAGAAAGAAGAAGGAAAUGCGUGGCUGCAAGCAAGCACCUCCGAGGCUGCAGCUGCAGGACCCCCUAAAGCUGUCGGUCAAUCGAGAGAGAUUUCGGUCGCGGGUCUGGAAAAUGCUUUCAGCAACGUGCGGGACUACCUUUUUUCGGACCCAUCUGUCAUGGUCGACUCCGCCAGUUUUGUUAAGGCUCACUAGAACUUGAAGUUCUGAGCUUCUAUUUCAGACUAGACAUCUUCUUGGGGCGCUACAAUAAUCUAAACGCUGUUUUAUAUUUAUAUCUUCAUGCUUUUCUUUUUUUACUUUUCCUAGUUAGGUUGGCUCCACCCCUAAUAUUCCGGAAUUUUUUUAACAAAUCAUCUUGAUCUUCUUGGAGCAGGAGGUAAAGAAUAUGAAUUCAAUAGUUUGUUUUUAAGUCUAAGAAGUACAGACACAGCACCUAAUAAAAAGUGACUUCUACUUCUAGUUGUGAGGUCUACUCUCUGAUUCUAGUUGUGAGAUAAUCUGCUUAGUUGACUUCUGGUUAUAAGUACAUUUACAUUUUUACCAGUAGGAGCACUGACUGGCAUGACAUUCGAUUCCAGACUAGACAUCUUCUUGGAGGUAAGUAGAAUGAUAAGAAUUUGAAUAAUAGUUCUUCCUACUUUUUGUUGAGGGCAGGCAGAAAGCGGAUUCUUUGUCUGAAGCUGAAUGUGGGUUUCUCUUUUUCUCUUUAUCUCUUCUCUUCAUGUAUAUCUCGUUUGCUAUUCACAUCUCUUCUAUGUCUGAAGGUGGGUUUUCUAAUUUCGACACCGAUACACCUGCUUUGGUCCUCACGGCGCAAGAAGAGGUGAUGGCAACAGCCAAGGCGUUGUUUUUAAGCCGCGUUUUUAAAUUCUUUAUCUUUAUUAACAUAAGAUUUUUUUCAGGAUUUGUCCUUUUCAAUUUGUUCAUCGUCUUGAACAUAAAAUGAUGAUGCUUCUUCUUGCAGUUAAACCGAAUGUCGGUCUUGACAGAAGAAUGGCUCUCUCCAGGAGGCCGCACAAUAGUCUAUCCUACCCUACCCGAUCAUAUCAUAGCGCAACGCUAUGGUAUGUCAUAACACAGAAAAACGACUACUGUACUGCAGUCGUCCGGUGCCCUUCUUAGAUUAAUCAAUCUGAGUAGAGCUUCUUAGAUUGAUGUGUGUGACAGUUUGCGUUGAAAAAACACACAUACAGAUGCACAUCCUCCCAAAUCCUUCAACUACGUACUCUACCCUCCUAUCCAUAUUGCCGUGUUACCCCUCACAGGUGAGCCCACUCCUAUCCCAUCCUAUCAUCUAAUUCUGGGCGAUCAGCCAGGAGAAGACACAUAUGUGAAGAGCAAGAGGCAAGAAUACCAAGAGAAAUCACUCGAACGAGUCGUCCGUUAAGGCUCUCCGUAAUUCAUCUUGGGAAGCAUCGCUUCUGAAGCGGCCUCUUAAGGGGAAAGGGCGCCUAGGAUGCAUUUCGAGAUGGAAUUGGGUGAGCUCUAAUUCUCGCGCAUAAGCAAACAGUCCCCUUCGUACCGGCGUUCCAGUUUAUGAGUGAAGAGUAAGUAUUGAGGACUACAAUGAUGCUGGCAAAGAACAGUGUAUUAUUUUUCUACAAUGAUGAUAGCUGCGGAAACGGAUAGGGCCUUUUUCUUAUAACUAAGGAUUUUCUUUUCUUAGAACUAAGGAUUCACCGUAGUAGAGAUUGCAAAUUCCUCCUUGAAGGUUAUAAGUCAUAGAAUUAGUCGGAUGUCUUCCAUGGUUAGCGUCUUCGUUGGCGGCUGCUGAUAAUUAAGUUAGUACAAGGGGUUAGUAGUCUACAUACUUGAACUUGACACUAGCCUAGAGCGACGCGAAACUCUCCUCCCACUAGAAUCCUCCACCUCAUUACUUGAUAUUUCUAAAUGAAGCACCGGACUCUUCAAAGGCCUUCAAGCCGAACAUUAUGGAAGGUCUCCACGUCUUUUUCUUCAUGUGUGCGCUCAAGACGGUGCAUAGUGAAAAAGAUAACCGCCAGAAGGAGCUUCGAUAGGUUUUUAACAGCCAUCGUCUUCGUACUCCCUUCAUCCAAGGAUAAUACGUUUCUCUUUUCUCAUGCACUUGAUUAGAAGUGGCACUUUCCUCAAUCUGGUUCCCACCACGUUGUUGGUAGAGGGGACCAAUCAAGUACGUUGGUCAAAACGUAACACGAGGGAUCAUGACAUGACAAGUACGAAAGCUCUUUGAAGUUUGUCACUCAGCUUUCUUGCUCUUCCUUUGAACGUACAAGGGUGCUGAAGUGGUCUCAUAUCCGCGUAGCAUUUUUGGUUUCUGAUAUAUAGACAGUGAUUAAAUGUUUCGGGCGUAUUAGUAGACAGCAGGACAGCAAAAAAAAGAGAAACAAGAGGUGGCCUGACAUGACAUCAACAACGGACGAACAUGCUGCUCAUCAGGGUUCGCAAAAAUUCUGAAAAAAAUGGUCCUGCUCUAAUGAUCAGUUACCAGAAGGAAAAGAAAAGAAAGUGUCGAUUUUUUUAUGGCAGGACGUUAUCACAUUCUUUGGCGUUGAGUUGCUCUUGCUUGUCGUCACUGUAUUUCAUUCUGGGGGCUCGACGCCAGUGCGUUCACUCUCAACCUUAUCCAGGCUCGGCACAAAGGCGCUCAUUAACCUCGUCACCCUCAUCCUCAUCAUCAUGGUCGUCACCAUGUCAUCGUCCUCAUCCCCGUCAUCAUCACCAUCAUCAUCAUCAUCAUCAUCAUCAUCGUCAGCCUUAUCAUCACCAAAGAAAUCAAGCACACAGUAAGCCAAAACAAAACUCUUCCUCGGAGGAAAGAAUACAAUAGCGGAGUCGAAGCCUCUAAUUCUUUUCAACGUAGAUGAGUAUUCUCCAGCUGAUCGGGCGAAUGCUUUCAACCUCCUGGACUUAAGGCCCAUUACUACACAGUGAUAAUCUAUGUAUUACUACACGGCAUAUGAGUUUAGGCCCAUCACCACACGAUGAUAGUUUGCAGUAUGUAUUACAUUGCACUACACAUAGAUAGCUUACGGUAUGCAAUUUUUCCCAAAAGUGUCGCCUUUUUGGGAAGGUAUAAGCCCCGCGACGCCCAAAGCACAGCUCGCAGAUUAGCUGGCUAAGCUCCCUCGUAGGUUCGGAUGAAGAUCCUAGCCCCUAUUCGCAAAGUAUGUGACCUUUUUUGAGAGCGUCAUCCUUGAAGCGAUCUGCCGGCGCAGAGCAGUCGCCUUGAUGUGGCGGCUAAGUGGAGGCACCCUAUCCUAUCCCAUCCCGUCCUAUCAUAUGCAUAUCCCAUCCUCGACUAUCCUAUCCUAUCCUAUCCUAUCCUAUCCUAAGUGAGCCACUUGCUUGCUACUUUUUCUCCUUAAAUACAUACACAACUAGGAGCCUGAGAAAGUUAGCUCCUUUUCGACACUUGGACUUUCGACUUACUUCUUCCCCAGGCUGAUAAACUCAGAGCGUAUAUAGCUGAUUACUGAGAAAGCUUCUAAACCAGACAUGAUUAGAAGUUUUGCUUGUAGUUGGUAAAUAGUUUCUGAUUACUGCCUGGCCGUCGUGCUUCAGGAUUCCCGCAGGGUAUUUAAAUGUUCUUAUUGCGAGGAAUAUAGACCCAGGCCCCCCAAAAAAAAAAAAGGAGGACUCGGGGUGUGAAUGAAUGAAUGAAUGCAGUUAACUGGUGGUUGGUGCUGUAUAAUGUAUCAUCUCAUCCUUCUUGAAAACAAACUGGGCCGCUCCUUAGGUAGUCAGACGAGGUCUCAGUCGACAUGAACUCUCAUGCAAAUUAUGAAGGUACGAGUAGGCUGAUAGGGCCUCGUCAAUGGUAUAUAGACCGAUCCCCCGAGGCAUUCUGACCUGAACUGAGGUAAGAAGUAGUGAUCUAAGUACUACUACUUAUUUUAGCUCACUUUAGAGCUAUGCGACUGAAGCUAGGACGUGAAUGAGCUUCAACUACUGAGCGCUAGUUUUUCUAGUGGGCCCACACCUAACCUAACCUCAGCACAAGACUUGUGAAGAGCUCUAAGGCAAGCGGCGGGCUUCGUCACUGCUGAUCAAAUUCUUUCUUUAAGGCUUCCCCAAAUUCUUCAUCAGAAUGAAGAAUAAGCCCUCUCCCCCAUGCACACAGGUAGCCCCUAUACCUCACGAAUAGGUACAUCAAUCAAUCAAUCAACUAACUUCGCAAGCAUCUCCACUGGACGGCACAUCGCGGUGGAAUGUGACGGAUCCAUUCCUAAUCCUAUCCUAUCGCAUUCCACUGAGAUACCCUUGUUGUUGUCGCACACAGCGGACGGCUACCAGAGUCAGGAACUUACCUUAAAGGAGACUUAAGUACCUUUCAAGGGGGAGUGAUUGAUGUGCCAAGCCUUGGAGGAUUCUUUCUCUACUGAGGUUGACGGACAGCAUGGGGGGUAAGGUCUGAGAGGUCUAAGACAAAUACAAACCCGCUUGAUCGUUAAGGACAUACUUUUUCAUCUCGUUCUGUGCGGUUCGCUGAGUGAGAUCUCCUUCUUCUAAUUCUAUCUAUACAGCGCUAAGAAAGUAGUUGUAUUACAGCUGCAUGAAGAAAUAAGUUCGUUGUAAAUGGGGAAGAUGAACCCACUCAGCUGCCGCGGAUGAGAGAAAGCUCAUUAUCGUCUUCUAAGAUAGAAGACAGAAUCCAGGAAUCGGAAAGCGUGCUUGGCGAUGCCUUCCCUUAAGGCUCAAGAUAUUUCAUCUCUUAAACAUGACUAGCUGUUCUACCUCGACUCCAAGUACAAGGGGUUGGUAGUUUAAUUAUAGACUCAUUCUAUUUCUACGACAUUAUCAUUUUCUAUAUCAAGGACUUCUCUCUGGAGAACUACAACUUUUGAUAAAGUGUAUUCCACGUACGAGGAGUCAUGUGUCGCAGUUUGCUUCUCGGGUCGUUUGCGAGAAAAUGGAGGCAAGGAAGAAAUGAAGCGUGUUGCGCUCUAACCUGUUGAUGGAGGAAUACGAAUGAAUGGAUGGAAAGAAGGCGCGCACCCGCUACUCAAAGUUAAGAAGCUUCCACGUAGUGAUCAUGGGUGUCAUCGUCCACAAUGCGGCCUACCUCGUUUCAGUGUUUGAAAUAUUGUGCCGGCGGUUUCUCUCGAGUUCCUGCUUCUCCAGUCUAGUUAAUUAAGUACCUUAAUGGAGGACAUUGUCGGGCGCAUAUUAGAGUUGAACACGACAACAACGACAGAACUAGGCUAGAGGGUCCAUGACAUGACAUUGCUCAACAUCUCACCACGGAAAAAAAUUCAAAAAAGUAACCUUUUCUCCCUAUCCGCCUAAAAUGUUUCUAACUAAUAGGGACGCUACGUGAAUCCUGGUGUAACCCCCUCCGACACGUUUCCGAAGGAGUGGCCGCUCGAGGAGCAGUAUGCAUGGUGUGUGAAAAAAUUCUUAAGGCUUUAUACUGACACAGACGAGCACUAGCCUAGUUGGCUUUGUUUUACCCUUUUCAUGAAGUAGAUUAGGCGGCUAGUUUCCCUCGAUAGUUCGGCUGUACCUACGAGCCCCUAAUCGCUAGCACUUCUACUACUACUUUGGGUAUACUACCACAACUUCUUAUAGAGUUUAGGUUUAGCUCCAGCGACGCUCAAAGCCCCAAGAAAGUCGCCGGCGAUAGUGUUCCCUUGAUUUAUUUACUUCCUGCAUGAUUCUCUUUUAGACUGUGCCCCCUGUUUGGGUUUGCUACUAUUGCUACUCCUACCUACUACUGCCACUUCUAGGAUGAUAUUGAUUCGCGAGAAGUAGGUCUUGCAAGUAGGUUUAGUGCUAUCUGGCGACUAAAUAGUCUCCCACUAGCAUGCAUGGUGGGAGUCUUCAUCUACAUCUCCUCAAGAAAUAGCCUAUCUAUCGUCGUUGACAGAGAUUUACUGAAGAGUCAGUGUAUAUGCUUGCAUGUGAGUUUUCUUUCCAGCUAGGUACAUCUGUACAGCAGGCGCACUAACAUGGGAUCAGAGCAUAGAACAUAGGAGAGAAAAUCCAGCCCAAGAGCGGCUACAGGUUUUCCCUGUGGACGGUGAGUUACUUCCUAUCCGAGAGACAACAUGCACCCCAGGUAGAGCUCUAACAUCUAGCAGUGAGCGCGUAAUUGAGACUGGGCUGGACGAACACUCUUACGGUCACGAGGACUCUUUAAAUCCAUCCGUCUCAGCAUGAUCAUCACUUCGGUACUACUAGUAGCGCCAUCUCUUUGGUCCACUACAACUGUCACUGAAGCGGAAGACUAUACUACAAGGGAAGAACAAGGCGCGUUCGCGCUAUCGAAAUAACAGAAGGUGCCCACAUAUAUCAUGAUAUUGCAUACUGCGUUGAUAUGAUGACUGCAGACACCAAGAGACAUUAUCAUAUUCAUAGUUGUGUAUUUUGGUGUUUUUUUCCUAAUUAGGGCUGGGGGCUCAAUGUGAAAGAUCCUUAACCUAAAGUAACCUAACGGCCUAACCUAGCCUAACCUAAUCUAACCUCGUUAGGGCUUGGGGGUGCAUACUGCUGGAGUGCUGAUUCAUAAUUAGGGCUCCAUCGCAACUAUAUGGAACACCUUGCAUGAUGAUGAUUAAUGGUGAUGAUGAUGGUGAUGCUGCUGCUGUUGAUCUUACGAGAUGGAUUGAGUGUAGCUCUUCAUUCACCUGAGGGAAGCAGGGGACGAAUGAAAGUGAUCACGGAGUCUUGCAAAGAGAAGCAGAGCAAGCUCAUAAAGGGGCUGGCCAGUAACAUUUGGGAUAAUUAAGGCUCUUAGCAUUAGCCUCAGCAUCAUGAUGUCAGCAUUCUUACUGGUUGACUUUGAAAUUGAACAUACACUGACCUUUUAACGGGGGGGGGGGCUCGAUGUGAAGGACCCCUAACCUAACCUAGCCUCACCUAGUCUCGUUUUUUUUUUUUUGCUAUCCUACUUCCUUUCAAAUGAUUUCCUUUCAAAAGUCGGUCUUCUCUUCGGUCUUGAUUUUUCCCAUGUAACUUAGUUGCCAACCUUACCAACCCUACCAUAGGCCUGGAUCAACUAGGAGGCCUAGUUAAACUAUGAGGCAAUCCUAAUCCCUAAGGCCAACCAACGUUAUGUGACCAGCACUAAGAAAAGCUGGACGCCAUCAGCGACGUCAAACAGGAUCAUUGGACUUCGCUUUGUUUUGCAAGCUUUCCAAGUGAGCAAGAUAUUUCCUUCUCAACACAGGCGAAUUAAGGCUUGAAACUGUAGUACUUGAGUGCUUUUCUACCUAACCUAUGCCUAACGCAAGUUCUUUACCCUCGUCUUAGACUACUUUAUUCAACCACUGUAGUAGGUGCUUUCCUUAGAAGUAAGCUUACUCCUGUUCUCUGAUGCUUUUUCAGAGACUCCCACAUAACAUUUCUGAUAUUUACAUUAAUACUUAUAAGCUUAAGCAUUUUUGUUCAUGUUCUUAAGGACACCUCCUUAAGGAAAAUUCCUUAAGGCAGUUUCUUAAGGGAAGUUCCUUAAAGUUGUGCCACCCGUAAGGGGCACCCUAUUAAUAAAAUUGGCUACGAAAGGCCUUUCCUUAAGGAAAAGCAAUCUCGCAGAUUUCUUGUAGCUAUAUCUGUGAAGUGGCUCUUCCUUAAGGCGAGGCCUUUAGCAGCCAACUCUACUAAUCUAUCUUCGCUCUGAUCUAUUAGCUGGCUGAGGCUUCUGAGCUGGCUGCCCGAGGCUUCUGGGCUAGCUGGCUUAGGCCUCUGAGCUAGCUGGCCGUGGCUUCUAAGCUAGCGGCCCGAGGCUUCUAAGCUAGCGGCCCGAGGCUUCUAAGCUAUCUGGCCAUGAUUUCCAAACAGGUGCUGGCGGCUUCUAAGCUAGCAAGCCAAAGCCAUGGCAGUGGCACCCAUGGGCUUCUAAGGAGGUAAGCUAGCAAGCUGCCCAAAGCUUCUGAGCUAGCUGGCCAAAGGUUGCGAGCUAGCUGCCCAAAGCUUCGGAGUUUGCUUCCCAUGGCUUCCAAGCUAGCUGCCAAUGGCUUCUGAGCUAGCUGCCCAAAGCUAGGUGGUGACAACUUCCAAGCUACCAAGCCACGACGCCCAUUGCCAUAAAAUGGCUUCUAAGAGGCUAGCAAGCUGCCCAAAGCUUCUGAGCUAGCUGGUCAAGGCUUGCGAGCUAGCUGCCCGAGGGAAGUGCUCGGAGUUAGCUGCCCAUGGCUUCUAAGCUCGUUGGCCAUGGCUUCGGAGCUAGCUGGCCAUAGCUUCUGAGCCAGCUGGCCAAGGCUUCUGAGCUAGCUGGCCAAGGCUUCGGAGCUAGCUGGCCAAGGCGUCGGAGCUAGCUGGCCAAGGCUUCGGAGCUAGCUGGCCAAGGCUUCGGAGCUGGCUGGCCAUCGCGUCCAUUGGUGCGGGCUUGUCUCUAAGUAAGCUAGCCAGCUGGCCUGCUAUAGCGCUUAGGCUGGCUGGCGGCUUCUCACUUUUAAGCUCACUGCCGAGGGCUUCUCGGCUAGCGGCUAUGGCUCCUGGCCUAGGCAUCUAGGGGCUCUAAGCUCGCUGGCUGUGGCUUUUGAGCUAGUUGGCUAGGGCUUCUGAGGGCUCCAGCUUCUCAGCUCUCUGGCUAUGCCUUCCAAGCUAGCUGGCUAGGGCUUCCGGGUUAGCUCAGCUGGCUGGGGCUGCCUUCCGCUUCUGCUCUGAGCUGGUUGGUUGCCUAUCGGUGGGCAGCGUGUCUGAAUUUUGCAGGCGUUUUCUUUGGUAGUCUUACCUGUCGACUUUUCAGCCUGAACCCCGGGCACCGGCGGGCCCCUGUUGGGCCCGCGUACGGGGCACGUUCUUAUACAAUUCAUUAAGCAAAUUCCACGAUCUCCUUCAGAGUGGGACCUUAAUGAGGAAGCGUCUUAAGGAAGCUCCGAAAAGGUGUCCCACCCUUAAGGGGCUCGAAGGGCUCCUCUCUUAAUACAAGUGGCCAUUACAGACCCUUGAUGCGCCCGCUUUCUCUUCUGGGCAUGUACCUUUACAAAAAAAUUGAAACUCCCUCAGAAGUAUAAGGAUUUCUUGUCUGUGAAGGAUUGACUUCCGUAAAAGGAGAGUGAGGGAAGAGCAUGAUGAGGUGCGAGCAGCUCUAAAACCAGCCAAGAAAGGAGGCGCAAGACGAACGAGACAAAAAAGCACUCAAGGAAUAUGGUGCCUACAACCCUUGGCAGGGCGUCCUGUUUCCCUUAAGGCCUCCUGGACCUUAGUCCACCUCCCCAGUACGUUAGUCGACCUUCCAAGGCGUCCGCAUGCUGGGGCCAGGCGUCUCGAGGAUGUUGAUGCGCCUCUCGUCUAGCUAUACAUCCCGUCUCGAGACCUAUCUAGACCUAUCUAGAUGCGCCUCUCUAGACCUAUCUAGCUGUACAUCCCGUCUCGAGAAAAGUGUACCUCUCUCAGAAGGCUUAUCUAGCUGGUGUGGCAUAGGUUCACCCGUGACAAGAUCCCUUCACUCGUGACAAGCUUUUCCAAGGGUAAUUGACUCAAUUAUAGAUCGACUAGGUCUCGCUCUCUUAAUCACGGUGAUUAUCUCAAAUGACCGUUAGGUCUCCCUUUACUCCUGUUUUACUAAUCUACAGGCACACACAUGUGUAAUCUUCUGUGCCUCAAAAUAGAUACCUGUUGCGGGCAACACCAGAGUGAUUUCAAUUCUUACGUAUGAUCCAGGGCUCAGGGCGACGGCGCCACCCCUAGCGUAGCCGGGGGGCGGUGCCGGUAGCCCCGAGCCCCUUUUGAAGGCGUCACGCCGGGGGUGGAAGGCCCCAAAAGGGGGCCAAGGGGCCUCCUCCGCUCCCUUCCGGCUACCUGGCUGCUCCCUCGAGACCUCCGCUGCAGGUGGAAGGCUUCAAAAGGGACCCAAGGGGCCGCCUGUGCUCCCUUCCAGGUGCCUGCCUGUGCUCCAUGUGCCUCCUCUAUGCUUCGCCGCCGCAGCAGUGCGCCGGUUUUGGAAGGCCUCUGAAGGCGGCAAAAGGCGAGGGGCUGGACCCCCCUGAGCCGUGCGGCCUGUACCCGCCGGGCCUUUGGUAGUCGGCUGGUUUGCUCUCUCUUCGGCGGCCUUUUACCCCGGAGGCCUCCAGCUUGCGAGGGUCAGUAGAGGCCAGGAGGUCCCGCACGCAGUCGAAGAGGGGCGCAAGGGGGCGCCUGCGUCCGGUUUUGACGCCUUCCGCAACUAGAACCCGCGAAAACCAGCGCAGAAAAGAGCGCGCGCGCGCCACCACAGACCACACCACAGGGGAGGGCCAGCCCGACAACAUAUACAGCACGCCUUAUGUAGAUUCCAGGGCUUCGGACUGAAGGCCCCUCUCCGGUCUAAAUUUUUGAGGGGGGCCCCCAGUCCCGGGCCCUUUUUUCGAGUGACUGCUGGGCGGGAAGGCCUCGAAGCGCCCACCCCUGACCCCUUCCCGCUCCUUGCCUGGACCUUACAUAGAUACAGCGCCACCAAGCCGGAGGCCGUUGAAGCACUGAAGGGCGGACUUGGGAGGCUUCUGAAUGUAGCAAAGGGGGCAAGGCUGGACCCCCCUGGCGUGCUGCCUGUACCCUCAAGGCUGGGCCCCUUGCUUUGGCGUGUUGCGUGUGCCCUACAGACCUACCGAAGGUAGGCCGCAAGGCUGGACCCCCUUGGCGUGUUGCAUGUGCCCUACAUACAGACCUGGCGAAGGCGGCCAGGCUGGACCCCAUUGGCGUGCUGUGUGUGCCCUAUAGACCUGGCGGAGGUGGCAAGGCUGGACCCCCUUGGCGUGUUGAGUGUACCUUACAGACCUGGCGAAGGUGGCAGGUUCCGCCCCCUUGUCGUGUUGCGUGGACCAUCAGACACCGGGGCGCCCCCCUCCUUUCGGCUCUUUUUGCCGUCCUCUGGUGCACUCCCUGGCCCGGGUUUAGGGCGUGGGCCCCCAGCUCGGGGUAGUGUGUUGCGUCUCCGACAUUUCAGCGUCGUGAGGGGGGCCGCGGGCUUGUUGUGUUCGGUUCGCAGCAUAGUGGGCGAAGCACUGCGCUCGCCUUCCCCCACGGUGAUACGCUAGAGGCCACCGCGCCACGGGUGGGCGCUUCUCGUCGCUCGUUCUGCUCUCGUCUUUCGUUCUGCUCUCGUCCGUAGUUCUGCUCUCGUCUUUCGUUCUCCCUCUGCUCUCGUUCUCCCUCUGCUCUCGUUCCUCGUUCUCCUCUCGUCCCUCGUUCUGCUCUCGUCCCUCGUUCUUCUCUCCUCGCUCGUCCUGCUCCCUCUCGUCGCUCGUCCUUCUCUCCUCGCUCGUUCUGCUCUCCUCGCUCGUCUUGCUCUCGUCGCUCUUCCACCACGGUGCUGCACCACAGACCAGACCACAGUGGGGCCACCGUAAGACCUGGCGAGCGUCUUAUCGGCCGCAGACCUAAACCUUCUCCCCUUCUUCCUCUACUAUAGGGGCGGAGUGUCUAUGUGCUUGCCCCCAUGCGUGACGCGUCGCGCGUUUGAGCGUGACGCCGCGCGCCUGACGGUCGGAACAUCCGGGGGAGACCUGGCUGACGAUCUGGGGGACAUGCAUCUGUGGGAGAGCCGACUGACGAUCGAAGGAACUUCCGCGGGAGGCCUGACGAUCGGGGGAACGCCCUUACUUAGGAGACCUGACGACCUGCGGAACAUCUCUAGGGGGCCUGAUGAUUUGAGGAACACCCGCGGGAGCCCUGACGACCUGAGGAACAUCUGCGGGAGGCCUGACGACCUGGGGGACAUCCGUGGAAGACCUGACGAUCUGGGGAACAUCCGCUGGAGGCCUGACGACCUGAGGAACACCCGCGGGAGGCCUGGCGACUUCUGGGAGACCUGACGAUCUGCGGGGCAUCCGCGUAAGACGUGACGAUCUGAAGCACGUUGGUGGGUGGCCUGAUGACCUGAGGAACAUCCGCGGGACGCUGAUGAUCUGAGGAAAAUCCGGGGGAGACGUGAUGGUCUGAGGGACAUCCGAGGGAGACCUGACGAUCUGAGGACCAUCCGCGGGAGACCUGACGACCUGGGAACAUCCGGGGGAAGCCUGACGAUCUGAGGACCAUCCGGGGGGCCCUGACGAUCCGAGGAACAUCCGGGGGAGGCCUGACAAUCAGCGGAGCCUUCGUUCUUGGGAGACCUGGCGACCAGGUGGACAUCUGUGGAAGACCUGACGAUGAACACCCGGGGGAGGCCUGACGAUCUGAGGAACAUCUGGGGGAGACCUGGCGAUCUGAAGGGCAUCCUUGGGAGACCUGACGACAAAGACACGACCACGAAGGCGCCAGACAAUGGCGGCGGCGUGGGGAUGAGAUAUAGACCCAACCACGACAACAAAACAAGCCACCCGCAAAGGCAACGCCAGCGGCCCAUCCAUGGGAUGCGGGGCACAUGCUCGCAACACCCUCGCAGACACCUCAUUCACCACACAGGCAACACAUCGCCACACCCCGCCACCGUCACGCGCCACGCGCCACGCCGUCACGCGUCGCGCCGACCUGAGUCACGCCGUCACAUGUGACGACGCCACACCCACGCCGCGCCCCCACGUGUGACGGGGCCACACGUCGCGGCGGCGCGCCACGUCUUAAGCCGUGCACAAUUUAUUUGACACGCCCAGCGUCCCGCGCCCCACGCCACGCGCCCCGCUGUCACAGCCUCACGCGCUUCGCGAAUAGUCGUACGUGAGUCACGCUCUUAAGCGCGUCACACUCUCACGCGCUUCGCUAAGAUUCUCACGCGCGUCACGCGUCUGGCUAAUACCCCUCGCGCGUCACGCUCUUAAGCGCGUCACGACGUCACGCGUCACGCUGGUAUUUCCUCGCGCGCCACGGUCCUCAGGUGGAUAGGACGCUCGCAGGGUUCCACGGGGAGCCCCCCUCCCUGGUACAUACAUAGAAACCCAACACACCUUAAUACCUGUUGCCGGUUUGUUACAUCAGUGUGAUGGCCAUUAGGUCUCGCUUUCUAAUGAAAGGCGGAACCGGAGAUCAGCAGGUGAUGUUUUUACUGGUGCCAAAUCGUGAGACGAAACUCUUCCAAUUUCGUGUGUACAACACUGCGAAAGGUCUGAAGAAAUAUCAUCCAUUUAUGGAAGUCUGCACUGAGAUUCAGUGUGUGAGAUAAUUCAUUGUGCUGUUGGAUUGUAUUGUAAGGCUUUCUUAGUCGUGAGUGCUCACCUGGGCUCUCGUAGGCGAGCCAAUUCUUAUCCUGUCCUAUCCUAUCCUAAUCCAUACGGACAGACAUCCUUCCUGGAGAGGUUUUCAAGGGGAAAAGGGACGGUCUCUCGCCGAAGACAUCCUUCCUGAAGAGGUUUUCAAGGGGAAAAGAAACAGAGGAUCUCAGGAAGAUGGUCUUCAAGAUGAAUUUGGGUAAGCUCUAAUCCAUCCUUAGUGUGGAAGCCGAAGAGACGUGCGGGUUUCUCACAUUAUGGCUAACGACCAAGUGCUAGAGGAUUAGCUGUAGAUUUGUUUUUACAUUCACGUUAUUGUUCCCUAGUUAGGCUGUCACUUUGUUCCCUAGAAGUUAGGCGAAUUCAGCUAGGCGACUUUAUAACAUUAUUCCUUUUCUAUCUCUUUAACUUUUAUAUAGUUCGGUUUUUGCAUUCCUUUUUACGCUCUCUGUCGGUAAUUGCAGUACGAAGCCAGAUGAAACCGAUUUUACAACGGACUUUUUUAUUGUAUUACUGUGAAAAAUGCUUAGCAGAUUUUUGAGUUUGAGAGAUCUUCGAAGCAUUUUUGAGUACGAGGGACCCUCUGCUGCGCGACGAUGGGCCGACCGAAUUUCUCCAGCCCUUUGUCGAAUGGAGCGCGCUGUUCGCGAGUGAGGUGCUAAACAGUCCACUACUGGGGACGCUUCUGGAUGCCGAUUGCUUAGUUAAGGGGCUGAUGUUCUUGAUGCCUCGUAGUUUCUUGUCGGUCUUGGUCUUUCUUGAAGUUUAGAAAAGGGCAAUAAAAGUAGUGAAAAAGGGAAGUGAAAAAUAUAGAAGAAGUAGAUAUUAAGGGUGGAUGAGAUGUGGGUGGAAAAGAAUAAUAUAUCUUGACGGGUACUAGGGGCAGUACUAUCAGGGAUACAAAAGUGACAAUCUCCCUCAUCAACCUAGAUUUAUCCCUUCAAACAAUCUAUUACACUUGCCGCAGCCCCUCCUUCUGCAGCACCAUGUGUGAAGGCGCAGUCGAGCGCCAGGCUAUGCUAUGUGUGGAAUAUGUCAAUAUUCUGUGGUGUUCCGAUCGAUUGAGUGAGAGACGAGGUUGGCCUUUCUAGGCACGACGAGAGGAGUGACGAGAUUAAGAAAAAGGAAAAUCGAAAUAGAAAAAGAAAGAUUGGUUCUUUUACUUAGGUCGUGAAAAAUAAACGUAUCGUCAGAUUGUUUGUUUUGAAUCGGGUGAAAGGAAGACUAACAUCUUUGCUUUGACUGUCUCGGUUCUUUCUUUUGGAUGCUCGUGCUCUUCUCGGUUAUCGUGAUUGAAAGUUGAUUCCUCUGUGUAAAUAGAUAUGGAAAUAAUGGGAGAAAAAACGGAUACGAUGACGGUGGGAAGAAUAAACUGCUGGUGAGUAAGAAAUUGCUAUGUAUAUGUAAGGAAACUCAUAUCAUCGCAUUCUACUAAAACCACCAAUGUACGUUGACCGCUUGCCCAACAUUUUCCCUCAUCCCGUUUCGUUUCACUUAAUGAUAUGUAUGUUAAUUCUUUGUCCCGGAAUUGAUCAUUCUGCUCCAACCCACUUCUACUUUGCCAAUGACGUGGUGAAUGCGUCAUUGGCUCAAGUUUCGAGAUUACGGAUUAUCACUUUUGUGAUUAAUCUUCUAAGACAAGGCAGUUUGCCAUUCCAAACAAGAAGGAGCAAAUACAUGUCUCUGCAGCCUCGACUGCAUUAAAACUACAAACAACAAAACGACGAAGACAUACAGUCUGUCUGCUUUUACCACUCGCGACGAGUAGCCGUGUUCUCUCAGGUGACCCUUUGAAUCACGCAGAGAGGACCGAGCGACGAGCGAAGAGACCCCCACUUCACUUUCGACAGUGGUAGCGGAAAUCCGGUUACGAAGCUUCCGAAUUUCCUACGAAGCCAGAAGUUGAAGAACUACGACAACUUUCCCUUUGAGUACAACUACGAGCCCAAGAACGAACACUCCAAGGAAAGUGAUGGAUCAAGGGUCGGACCCUAGCAGUCGCACCUCCUCGAGACGAGUCGGUCUAUACCGAGGUGGAGCAGACACUCCUCCGGAGCACGCCGCACCUGUCACGGAGACAGACGUCGCAGGUGUGGAAGGAGGAACCUUCUUAGUGGACGCAUCUGGUCCACGUGCUUCCGCGGCAGAAAUGCUGAACCGCCAAUCCGAUUCGGAUGUCGACAUGACAGCCGGUGGCGGACCGCACACCGGCGUUGGCGGAAGCGGUUUUCAGCCAGCUGGAGGCACAGGCAUAGGACCUAUCCCUCUGAGCACUUUGCAAGGGGGUAUUGGUCUUGGCGGACCAGGAGCACUUGGGAACGAUGCCGUCUUACGUGCUGCCGGAGUUACGUACGGAAUGAACAAUACACAGAUCCCGUACACCGGACAGCAGAUUCUACAUGCGCAAUCACUGGCGCAGGCUGGAAUCAAUCCCAGGGCGGCGCUGAAUAUCGUCAACUCUCCUACGCCGGCACAACCGAUGUUACCCAGUUUACCCGGAAAUCAGCCGAUUGCAACGAUUGGCAACCCGCUGGGAAUGAACACCAACAAUCAGCUGUCUGCUACUGGAGCCACAUUGACCGUUGGUCAUGCGAACCCUCAAGCACAGUAUGCACCUGGGUCGGCAGGAGCUGUAUCGGCGGCAGAUCGUGCACUCGCUCUAGAACUGGCACGUCGCACCAACUUCCUGCUGCACGGACAGAAUGGUCUUGCUGCACAGGUGGGACAAACUUCCACCGACGUCAACAUCUUGACUUCACAACAGGCAAGACUCGAAGCAGUAGCUGGUCAGGCCCACGGGACUCUCAACCACAUCUCCACUCAGCAGAGUGCCAUCGUGAAUACCAUGAAUGAUGCGAUGCAAAAUGCGAACAUGAAUUUCUCGAACUCGGUCAACCAGUUGGAAUCGCAGGGUCGUCAGCUGCAACAACAAGUUAUUGAUGAGAACUAUCAGAAGCAAGAGCAAAUUGAUCGUUUACAACAACAGUUGACACAGCUUCAACAAACGGUCAACGAACGACAGGCAGCUUCCAGCAGUACUCCUCCAGCGGGGAACCCAAUGAACCUAGGAGUGCCGAGCUUCAACAUCCAUAGUGCGCGGGACUCCGACGGCAUUGGACAGCGAUCGAUGCGAUUUCAGACUCCAACUGGAAACCGAUCGGACCAGACUGCAUUCGAGGAUGGAAAUGGGCCGGGAAAUGGUUCGCCAGUAAACCCUUUCCAAGGAUCCAAUUCGGGCACUCCUCGACCGGACAAUGUGCACGCAACACAGCCUACCAGUUCCAACAUGAUGUCCGCUCAAGGAAGAACGUUUGACGCGGGGUCAGGCAUCAGUAGUAUUGGUGGUGCUGUUGUCGGCGGAGGAAUUGGUUCGGCAAACGGCGGAAAACCAACGGGACUGCCUGGCAUCAGCACUAGUUUUGGUAAAGGCGGACCACCCAACGGCAUUCCGAUGAACCCAAGUCCAUUUGUGGAUGUGACAUCUGGAGCCGGAACGGUGCCUGGAACUCAGCUGUGGAAUCCCUUCGGGAAGGUGAUGAACGCCGGUGCCGGCAUGGUGGGACAUCCUGGCACAAUUGCAGGCACAAUGAGUUCUUCGCUACUAGGCGACCAGGCUCCUCUACAUAGCGGAUUCGGAACCCAAGACGGUGGAGCAGUACGCAAACUGCGAUGGAACUUCACGCGUAUCUUCUUCGAGAGCGACGUCAUCCGAGCGAACAACGGUAUGAAGCCCGCUCCACAACUCGUGCUACGCGUCAAGGACCGCAUGCCAGAUCGAAAUCCACCAUCUCGUGAUAGCUACCCGAACUUGACCCAGUUUCUCUGUGCACUCGAGAACUACUUGUUGCAAGUAGUACAGAAGCCUCACUCCAACGACCAGGUCGCAUUCUUGUUCCCGCACGAGGCCGAGGAGGAUCUCGUCGAGGACAUGUUGUUCGACAAGCGCGACGACUCGCACCCGAAUAAGUGGAAAGGAGUUUUCGCCAAGAAAGUCAAGGAAAAGCUCCGUGGAACGCGCAUCAAUCGAGGAAAGAGGACUACUCUGUGCAUGACCAAUGUUGUCACGCGUCUUUUCGAGGUUUAUCCUGGCGAGUUCGUGGUGAAUCGCGAGGAGCGCGAUCGUUUCGAGAGCUUCAAGCGCAAAGCCGGAGAGACCGAUGAAGAAGUCAUCAUGCGGUACAUCUACGUGAGCCAAGAAGCCAAGGUCGAUCCGUUCCCAACUGAACUAGCUGAGCGAGCUCGCGUCUGGGAGGAUUUCACGCGCAAGGUGACGCUGCAGGAUCCGUCAAUCGCAGUUGCAGUGCUGACGCACCCGGUCUACAUGAGGACCAACGGUGGCAUUGUAAUGUUUGAACAACUGCUGGAAUACCUGCAGUAUCAGGAGCAAGCGCGUGUUAACCUCCGCAUCAAGAAAGGAGAUACGUCCGGUACUACUAGCGAGCACGUCGCCUUUGUCAAGGACGAUGGUGCCGCUGCCACUGACGCAGAGGUGCCCAACCAAGGCGGUGGAGGUGCUGCGAUCGAGGGUGUGCUCGCUGCACGGCCAAACCCGGACUCCAAGUACAAGUACGACGUCCGCAAGCCUAGUGGCAAAUGGGCGUCUGGCAGCGCAGGAAAUAACAACACUGCCAGGAAACCGACCGGCCAACCCACGCGUCUUCGUCAAAAAAAGAAGUUGUACUGUGCGAGCUGUGGCGAGGACCACAAGUCAGAAACAUGCGUGUUCUCCGGUAAGAAGGUCUGCAAGAAAUGCUUCUCGGAGGAUCAUUUCUGGAGACAGUGUCCUGUCCCUGUUAAGGAUCAGGCAGCUGCACGGAUGCGAGCUGUGGAGUUUGCGAAGAUGAAGACCUCCGAAAAGGUGCAGGCAAUCCUAGAUGCACUAGAGGACACCGAGAAAACGCAAAUCAUCCUUUGCACCGUCGACAGAGAUGAACAACUACGCGAGUUUGUGCUAGAGGACCGAACCGCAGGCGAGGAAACAUUCGCAUGCUACGAGCGCAUCAAUAUGGUCGCUGAUGAUGAGGAGGAGGACAGUGGUGCUGAUGAUGGCAACUGCCCAGAUGCGACCACACCAAUGCCCGAGUCCACUGAUAACACAGAAUCGGCUUUGUGGGUGCGUGAAGGAGCCGCAAUUGUUUCUGCAGCACUUGCCGGCGCGGGUUAUGCGCAUGUAUGCGACAAUCACGGAGACUUCUGCAUCAGCAGUCUCAUGGCCGAGAUCCGCACCAUCGAGCAAGGGCAGAGCACAGCGCAACCUGUCAACGAUUCGUCUACCGAGGCUGUGCGAUUCACCCGAGAACCAACGUGCCUACAGUGGGACCAAGGCUACACGGCACGGAUCUUCUUAGAUAAGCGGUCGGCCGACGAGAACCUGCAGUGGUCUAAGCAAGCUGGCCUGUCGUGUCCGACGUAUGAAAUCCCGGCCACGGCAACUGGACUAGAUGGACAUACCACCACGAUCAUCCGACGCCAGCUUCAGCCAUACGCUAUACGCGGUCUCGACGGUAGUCUUUACGCACUCGGUUUUACGAGGGCGUCCGUCUCGCAGGGAGGACCAAAUCUAUUGGGAGAGGAACUGCAGACGGAUCUGCUGAGCACUACAUGUCGCGACCCUGGUGUGCGUAAGCACGUCCGCGGUUUCGAUGGAACCUGGUUGGCAGACUACGAAGGUCAAAACCAAGUGAUGCAGAAAGCCUUCGAAUUCAGCGAGCAGGAAUACGCGAUCCUGCGUGAAAUCCAGAAGUGCAACAACCCGAAGGACUGGACGCGACCGGUGUUUAUGCGACGGGUACAGAUGCCCGAGGACGCGGAUCCUGAUGCACGCAAGCGCAACUACGAUUCGCGAACGAUACAUCAGUACGCGCAGAAAUGCGGCGUCGAUCUUGGCCCAGUCCCAGUGACGGAGUACCGGCACCACCUGAACGAUGAUGGGAUGAUGAUCUGUGAGAAGGUCGCAGUUGCUCAGGUCGACGAGACGCCAGUUGAAUCCUACGAGACAGGUGCAGGCACUUCCAAUGCGCAGGAGGCUGAAUCGACGUGGAAGGACAUCGCAACUGCGGUCGCGACCGCCGGAGGAGCUGACUACUCGAGCACAACAAGUCGCGAGGCAGCUGUCAGCUUCGAAUCCACCGGCACUAGCGCUUGUCUACAGCAGCUGUGGACUGACGGACUCGGUGAAGAAAAUGGUCUUCCCGCUGUUGAUGCCGGUAGCAAUACCGACGGUAACCCCUCCUCGGAAGUUCUGAACGAGAAGUCCAAAUUCGAGGAUGCUGCGCAUCACGCUGAUGUGUCGAUUUGGAACGUCACCGGACAGUCGCUACGACGCAGUGGGGACGAGGGUACCUACGGAGUGUACCGCGAGGUGCAUUUCGGAAUAACCCGGCCACCUGCGGUUCCAGCGUGGCUCAAAAAUCGUGUCAGACUCCGCCGAAUCACCAAUGUCUGUGAACAAACACCAGCGUGCACGGACCUUGUUGACGACUGGAAAGUGCGUCGGAUUGCGGUUGAGGGCAGACUGAGCGGAAACCAGGAGGACUUCUAUACCGUCGAUUACUACUACCACAUCGCGUAUGAGGCGGAGGUCGCAGGCGCCAAGGCCGCCAACCCGCUGCAAGCAGAAUUAGGCGGAGGAAGUGUGAUCGAUAGCCGUCGGGGCCGACUUUCAAGCGAACAUCUAGGGCAUCACACCUUCGACGACAGUAUCGACUACGUUUCAGUAGGACACGGAAAGGUAUUGCCAAGUGUGAAGAGUGCGCCGUCUGCUCGCCGAAUGCUGAGCGUACCAGGCAAAGCAGACUCCGUGUCCGUGUUCACGUGUCGCCAUCUCGAUGACGUUCCGGCGGUGGUGCGCAAUGCGACUCGGAUAUUCGAUGUUGAGGACUUUGGAAUCGAAGAUCUGCACUUGAACUGCCCAACGAUGAGCAAUAAGACGAUUCGCACUGGCUAUAGCGCCAAAAUUCAGGCUGAAUUUCCGUCCAAUACCGUGAAUAACGUGCUUAAGCAUCUACAGAAAUUUCCGCGCUGCAUCAUACGUUGUGAAUCGGGAGUGGCACUUUCGGUUGCGCUCGGCGAGCGACUACGCAAAGGACACAAGAAAACCGUGUCCCACUCCAGUCUGGCGAGCGAGCUCUUUGUGCACAGUUUCACGCUCUUGGUGAACGGGACGGCCAUUCGCUACAACGAUGAUGAGCGGCUUCGCGUCGAUUCGGUUUUGUCGCCUUUGAGGAACCUCACCAGCGGGGAAAGGAAAAAGAUCCGCUAUUUGCAGGAAAUCCUUUACUAUCAAGGCCGCCUUGUUCCCUUCGAGAAGUGUGUCGCUAUCGCCAAGACACGGAUCCGCGGGGUCUCCGACGAAGAACUUAAGACGCUCAUCCGGAUCAGCCAAAAUGAAGCACAAGCCAAAAUGCGGCACGGUGUGGGCUACAAGCAGAAAGACUUCACGAGUUUCAAUCAGCAAGCAGCACUCCAGAGUGGUGGCGUGACGCUGAUCGACACGACCUUUCUUACCGAGUACGGGUACGUCUUCACCAUAAUUGGUUUGAAGUCAGUGGCCGAUGGCAGAACGGUGUUCUAUGUCUGUGGAACCAAACUUAAACUUUUGCCUCUUGUUGAGCGUGCUGUCUCCGACAAGCGCAUCACUGCGGAGGAAGGAGAGCGAUUUCUCCAGGGGUUAAUCUUCGAAUUUGCAGAUGACUGCGGACAACGUCUCCUGCAGGGCCUCGGAACGCCGUCGAAAACCGACGUCAGUCGAGCCAUUAUGUUCGGGAUUGACCGCAAAGUUGUCCGUCGACAGAUCUACGCGGAUCCAGGCAAUGAGAACCUCGCGCUGCAGGACUUCUCAUACCUAUCGAAGACGGGACGAGCAUGGACCUUUCUACCCUUUGGAGAAAAGGCCUAUAUUCUCGAGCGCGGUUUUCUAGCCUUCAAAACGGCUUGGAUGCGUCUACGCAGAACUCCUGAAUGCGCGAAAAUGCCGCUGCAAGUGCUCGCCAAUGAGAUCUCGAACGCACUGGGAACGUUGCCUACCGCCGCAUUCCUCGGCCGAUCAUGGGACUACGUUUUCUGGGGAUUGCAGGAAGGUCAACCUGACGGGAUAGUGCAUCCGAUUGACGCCGAAGUCGAUCUACUCCGCGGAAACAGUGAGGCUCACCUUCAAAACAUUACCGAAGGACGCAUUCGCACUUACUCUGAACUCGCUGCAAUGACCAUCGACGCUGGCUACGUUAACGAUGUUCGAAAAAUCAUCGCGAAUGCUCGGAGAGCACAAAAGCCUGGACAUUUUAAUCCUGGUGACAAAGUCACAGUGCUAAAUCCUGUCACCGGUGUCCGGCUUCCCGGAGAGAUCGAAUCGCGGAAGCGCCUCAGCAAAGGACAAGACCCGUACGAAUACCGAGUCAAUUUGAAGCGAGGAACCAGUACUGUGCGUCACAGUCUCCUUGAUCACCAUAUCAACUUCAACGCCUUCAUCGGGCUUCCAGAUGAUCUCCAGCCGGUAACGUUUGCGGACUACCAGCCCGGCGGACAACUGUUUGACGUUGAAACUCGCUGGCGACGCGUCAACGAAACCGACGAAAACAAGCAGCGGAUGUUGCCGACCAAUGGCGAACAAAGUAGUAGCUUCUUCAAUUUAAAAACCCCCGGGGUGGGGACACAGAAGCAAGCUCUGCGCAACAAGUUGUCCAGAAGAUCGAGGAAGAUCUUUGAUCAAGUUGAAGAAGCAGCAGAUGACCCCUCCGAAGUUGAGCUGUCGGAUGACGCGUCACAGCCUGAGGACGAUAAUGGACCAGAUGCACCAGUCGAAGCCAAACCUACUACAGACCGCGAGCAAAUAUUCGUUGGAGUAGAAGAUGGCGCCGAACUGGAAGCAGAGUGGAUCUGUUGCGGAACUGAACGAGUAGCUGCCGCCGACUUGGAAAUUGAGGAGGCCUCCACUAAGAGCGACACGCAAGACAUUGCACCUCCAGGAGCCGAGUGGAAGGACUACGAUCCAGAAGGCGCGAAACGUGAUGAAUGGAAGACAUUUAUGUCUUAUCCGAAGCGCGAGACUCGACGAGCAGUCUGGAAAUGGCUGGAGAAAAACGAAACUGGAGUGCAAAAGGAAGGGGGCAUCGGCUUUGAGCUAAUGCGGAAGACCCUUCUCGAUGGAGCUCCAGUCAAAAUUUCUCCAGUCAGCAUCGAGGUCUAUGACAAGUGGCAGGGCGACCAUCAACGAACUCCACUCGGGAAGCCAGAUCUGCAGCGCGAAGUACUUGUAACCUGGAACCAGCACACGACGCGGAUCGUGAACAACGUGCAGGAAUACGAAGAGUGUGGAAAAGGGAAAGUCGUACGCAUAGUGCUGUGGACACUCGAGGACAAUAAAUCGUAUCCAGAACUCGGCUUACUCUCCAUCCACGACCCAGUUGUGAGUCGACACGCCGAGGUUGUGCAGAAGCUGCUAGGAGCAAGCAAGUACGCAGACGCAGAUCACACGUUCGUGUUCUCACCAGCUGGACUUGGAGCUGGUCGCCUGUACACGCAAGCAUUCACCAAGGAGAUCGGCAACAUGCUAGACGAAGGUUUGAUCGAAAUCUUCCAGGAAGGCAUGCUGCACAGUGACGAACGGACGCUACCAUCUCGCGGCUUGGCUGAUCUCAAGAUGCAGACGGGAUGUCACUUCAAAAUCGCGAUUCGGUUGGCUCCAGGAGGACAUAUGUCCUCCGUGAGCGCAACGGCGGAAUCUCCUACGAUGAGCGACAUCGAGUUUAGGAUGAUCAUAUCCGGGUUGAGACGCGUUCGAGGCAAGAGGAUUUUGAGGUCGGGCGAUGUGCCGCGUGCGUUUUUAAAAAACCACCGCUUCAAGCCGCAUCAUCGUCCAAGGUUCAAAUUCCCAGCAAACGUCUUCCAUAACGCUACGUUGCAUGAUCUGAAAUCGCGCUACGGUAUCGACAAGGACACUGUCUUUGUGAUGAGCAUCUCUGUUUACGGCCUUCGCGAAGCUGCGCUCCUGUGGUGCCGAACCAUUUCGCAGUUUCUCAUCAGCAUUGGAUUCCAUCCGUCUGCCGAGAGUCCGUGCGUGUUCGUGAACGAGUCGGACUGCAAGAUCGGGCUUCACGUUGACGAUUUGAUCUAUGCUGGGGACGAAGUCGGAUUCACCCACGUGUCCAAGGCUCUCGAGCAACGCUUUGGCCUCUCGAGUUGGGAGGAUGCGAAGACAGGCUUUGUCUAUACCGGCUCCACCGUAAAAAUGAACGAGGACGAACAGAGCGUUGAUGUCAGUAUGCGACAGAAGAUCGAUGAGCUCCAGCUUCAUGAUCUUCCAGCGAAAUUCGACCGAAACGCGACCGACAUCCCGCUGCUGAGCGAGAAACAAAUUUCUGACCUGAAAGGAAAGCGCGGGAGUCUGCUGUACAUCGGGAAGUGUCAUGCUGAAGCUAACUUUCCAACGCGCUCCCUCGCUCUUGGAGCUGACGAAAAGAAGGACCUUCGGUGGUUCGAUGGGCAGAACGCGAUUAUCAGCCGGUUGAAGAAGAACAGCCGUGGAUAUACCGUGAACCUGUCCUACCAGGACGAAAUCAUCGUCGCCUUCCCGGACGCAUCCUUCCAACAUCCACUAGCUGCGGAGGCAGAUGGCAACUCAGCAACAGUCGACAUCGAGCAAGCAAGAAUCGUCUUUCACGAUGAAGACUCAACGAUCUUUGUCGGCAGUACUAUCGAGGAAGUGCUAUCUGUGCUCGGCCCGAACAGCACUACGCGAAAGCGCGAGGAACGAAGGACUCGCAAUGCGGCAAUUCACAUUCCUUCGAAUCUAACGGAUGACACGCAGAAAAAGGUGAUGCGUUUGUUCCCUGUACUUGGAUAUGUCAUCCUCUCUGUUUCUGCAGACGAUUGGAAGGCGUAUGAGAAGAAGCAGAAGGAGCUGAAACGGGUUGCGACGCUGCAAGAAUACCAUGACCUCGAGCAGUGCAAGGUCCGAUGCAGCUACCUAUCGUCGGACACCAUUUUUCCCGGCGUGGUCACGACCUCCAGCUAUGAAGCGGAACUGAGAGCGUUCGCGGAAACGUUUCCUAUCGUCGACACCAUCCUACAAAAGAUGACACGCUGGGGACUCGUCACCGACAGUGCUGUCUUGUCCGAUUCGAAGUCUGCGGUGAUGCGCUUGAUCUCGAAGGCAGGAAUUGGCAUGGCGGACGCCGCGGUGUACAAGGUGUUGGCCCGCGUCAAAGCGUGGUAUUCUUCGACGGAAACAGAAUGCGGUGGGGUGACUGACCGGUCGAACCCCGGUGACACCACGACAAAGGUGUCGUCGGGAUCGAAAUACGAACAGUUUAUGUCGAUGAUGGGAGGUUGUCUUUUGUUGCCAGUAGGACAAGCGUUCUUACGCAAACGCAAGCACACAUGGGAAAAGCCGUUGGCUCCCAGCUGCGCAGAAAUCUAGAUCUAAUACGGAAAUGAGAAAUUUGUACAGGAUGAAUAGAAAAGUUGAAGAUCAAGAAUAUCAUAAGAAUGUAAAUCUGAAUGUCAUAGUGGAGAUCUAGAGUCUUUUCCUUCUUUCUCUGAUCUCCGAAAGAAAAAUUUAGAAGAAACAUCAGCAAAUAAAGAUAUGAUCUGAAUGGGUAAGAAAAGUCUGAAGAAAUUUUGGUGUGAAAAAGAACAAGAUCAAAAUCAUAAGUAGUGGAACAACAAAUCACAUAUUGGGAAAGAGAAGUUGCAUGAGCACAGUAGUGGAAUCAAUAAAGUACUAACCUAAUAGUAAGAAGAUUUUCUUUGUACAACUUAUAGUAGUGGAGCCAAAAUAUAAAUCGAAAACCUAUCUAAUCCGCGCAGGAAAGUAAAACAGACGCAGGACCAGUGAUAGUAGUGAAGAUUUCAGGUUUUGAAUUUGUAACAACGAAGAUAACAAUCAGUAAGCAAUCAACAGCUACAGAAUAAAUAACUACGCCAGUCAUAUUUAAUUUGUAUUUUUUGACUCCUAGAAUCUUUUCUAAGGGAUCAACAUGGAGGACAUUAACCCGGAAGGUUGGGAGGAAGAUUUCUGCAAGGAUGAGUUCCAUCAUCUUUGUCAUUGGGAUGAUACGAAGGUGGGCUCCUUUGUAGCAGAGACUGCGGAAGAGGUGUGCUAUCUGCUAAAGUACGGAGCUGAACUGGUCCACGAAGGAAGCUACUCCCCCACUUGGGAUUCUACGUCUCGUUGGGUGAAUACUGACAUGUUGUUCAAGCAUGUCUACGACAAGAAGCAGAGCGAGGUCAAGGAGGGUGAGAUGAGCACCAUCUUCAAUCGAGCUCUACUCCGUCUGUACCAAAACAAAUCCAUCCGGAUCUUCUGGCGUCGUGGGGCAGAGCAGUGGCUCUCGGAAGACGAUACGGAGCCACGAACUCCAUGGAUCCCCACAUACGUGGCAGUGGCCAAGAUGGAAGAAGACACAUCGACUGCAUCUCGCGAUAUGAUGUGCGGCACUAGUUCUACUCGCGUUACCAUGAACCACACUGAACUGUGAAAGAAGGGAAGUAGCAAAUGAAUACAUCUAGGACAAGUACUAAUAAUCCAAUCAUUGUACAUAUAGUUUUUUUGUAAAUACACAUGAUAAAAGAAAAAUUUUUCUUUGAUUUCGAGAUCAUGAAACUUCAUUGGUAUCGGACGGUGCGUGAGAAGGUUAGAGUACCGUUAAGACAUGAAUCGCUGCACUGGAGCGGCAUUCAUGACCUGGGUGACUAGGUGUUUUGGACCAAUAGGCUGACUGGAGUCGUUACCAGUCGGAUGAGGUUGUAGUAGGUUGUAUCCUAAAAUGAUUGUAGAUAAAAGUUGGGUGGUACUUUCUAUCUUAGAGUGGGAUAGUGUUCUACAGUUCUGUAACAUGAUUGGUACCAUGGAGGUUGUGGCAGGUGUCCAAGGGUUCUCUUCUGGACCCACCGGCGCCCCUGUCCAGCUUCUGCUGAUAUUGAAAAAGGUGUUUGUAAUGAAUUGGAAACUAUCAUGACUGCUCACCUUAAUAGCGACGCGGGUGCUGGCCCUAGUUGAGAAGAGCCGGCUUAUCGUUUUCUUUGCGUCUUACAUGUUUACAUAUCUGUCAUAAGACUACUUACUUUUAGGUAAUGAAAGUUGAUGUAGUUUAGCCGUUGUGACUCUCGGUCGGAUCUCGAUUCUCUCUCACUCUUUCAACCCCCGGGGCACUGUGGAAUAUGUCAAUAUUCUGUGGUGUUCCGAUCGAUUGAGUGAGAGACGAGGUUGGCCUUUCUAGGCACGACGAGAGGAGUGACGAGAUUAAGAAAAAGGAAAAUCGAAAUAGAAAAAGAAAGAUUGGUUCUUUUACUUAGGUCGUGAAAAAUAAACGUAUCGUCAGAUUGUUUGUUUUGAAUCGGGUGAAAGGAAGACUAACAUCUUUGCUUUGACUGUCUCGGUUCUUUCUUUUGGAUGCUCGUGCUCUUCUCGGUUAUCGUGAUUGAAAGUUGAUUCCUCUGUGUAAAUAGAUAUGGAAAUAAUGGGAGAAAAAACGGAUAUGAUGACGGUGGGAAGAAUAAACUGUUGGUGAGUAAGAAACUGCUAUGUAUAUGUAAGGAAACUCAUAUCAUCGCAUUCUACUAAAACCACCAAUGUACGUUGACCGCUUGCCCAACAUUUUCCCUCAUCCCGUUUCGUUUCACUUAAUGAUAUGUAUGUUAAUUCUUUGUCCCGGAAUUGAUCAUUCUGCUCCAACCCACUUCUACUUUGCCAAUGACGUGGUGAAUGCGUCAUUGGCUCAAGUUUCGAGAUUACGGAUUAUCACUUUUGUGAUUAAUCUUCUAAGACAAGGCAGUUUGCCAUUCCAAACAAGAGGGAACAAAUACAUGUCUCUGCAGCCUCGACUGCAUUAAAACUACAAACAACAAAACGACGAAGACAUACAGUCUGUCUGCUUUUACCACUCGCGACGAGUAGCCGUGUUCUCUCAGGUGACCCUUUGAAUCACGCAGAGAGGACCGAGCGACGAGCGAAGAGACCCCCACUUCACUUUCGACAUAUGCUAUCCUAUUCUAUUUUAUCCUAUCUUAUCCUGUCCUAUCGUGUCCUAUCCUAUCCUAUCCUAUCCUGUCCCAUCCUAUCCUAUCCUAUCCUAUCCUAUCUUUCCCUAUCCUAUCCUUCUAUAGUGCAGCAGAGAAAUAUUUUGAACUUUUCUCAGCUUCUCUAAGAGGGGCGUCGAGGAUGGCAGGCGCUUUUUGUAUGGUGAGUUGAUGACUUCGCGGUUUAGUCCGGCAGCUCGCAGUGACUUGGCGCGUGGGUAUCGUCGGCAAAUGACUCUGGAUCAGAAAACGAAAUACCUAGCGUUAAGGCUUCCUCCAAUGGGUCCCACCUUGAGAAGGGAAAGCAUCUUGAAGAAGCUGUCCUCCAAAAGGGAGAGAAAGAAGCAUCUUCAGGAUGCGCCCCUAACCCGAUGGACAAAAUGUUGCGAUCUAAUAGACACCAGGAAAAAAGCCCUGCUUACUCAGUACGGUGCAUUAAGGCUAAAUGACUAAAAGAAAUAGAUGAAGAAAGAAGGGGCUAGAUGGCGGCUUCAUAGGAAUAGAUGUUCUAAAUCUAAUACUAUUCCUAGAUGGAAAAUAGUUAGAGCGUCUAGCCUCUUCUUGGUUAAGAUACUACCUUCAGUUUUAUUUUUGCUCAUCCCACAGCUUUAUCUAUCACAUGCAAUGUGAUCCAUUGCGAACCUUGGUCCUUAUUCUGAUGAUAAUCCUAAUUCUUCCGAUCAAGGUUAGCAAGGGAUCACGUGCACAGCUCUAAGAGACAAAACUGCUAGCACAUCCGCAUCUUCCUUUUUGGAUGGGGAUUUUGCUUCCUCCAUUGGAAAAAAUGCUACUUCCUUUUUAGAGGCGAACACUGCUGGCGAUGGGAAUAAAUUACCGAUCACAGAAAUCGCAGAGAGUGCCUACAGCUUGGAUGAUUAAGGCAAGCUUGAUGUAGGGGACUUGGAGGGAGUCGCUAGCAAGGAUUCUUAAAGCGAACCCCCUUCCAUGAUCCUUUCUCACUAAGAUACGGAACUACCUCCUUCCAACAUGAUCCCUUCCAUGAUCCUUUCGCACUCUCAAAUCGUAAGCCCCCUUCCAAGCGAAGUAAGCUCUAAGAUGAGGACCCUUUCGCAAAACAACACAAAGAGAACGAAGCAAAGGAGAACGAAGCAAAGUUGACGACGAGCAAGUCCAAUUUUUACGCUCCACUGCGGGUUCGCAUCGCGGAUGCAGAAUUCUUCUGGGGUAGACACCUCUUAUGAAGACAGUUCAUGUUAUUAGAUGAGAAGACCUCCAGGGCUGUUGGACGAACUAGCGGCGCCGAGAAUAAACGGAUCGCCCUAGCGUAAACAUGGCCAAAAUAACUUUUAAUCAGACUAGUUUCCUACUUUUUUGUGUGUUUUUGUUUCCUAGUUAGGCGUGCUCCAUCGGUAUCAUACAACUGAGAAGUACAAGCACCCCUUAUUUUGAAAAUUGGCGCCCCUCAUUUUGUUGACCCCCAUGCUCCUCUUGACUACUGAGAAGUACCCCUCAUUUUGACUAUGCUUUGGAUACUGAGAAGUACGCCUCAUUUUGCACACCCCCAUGUUCGUCUUGGCCUGGUAAUUUUAGACCUUACUUAUUACGCCAAAGUCUUCUUCUCUUUGUGAUCUCACUACUUUUUUUAAUAAUCUAAGGCCUACACGCUUAUUAGGCUCUCACCGGACGAUCAUCUUCAUACCAAUAUUAUUCACACUUGGGGCUCCGCUCUUAUUUCAAGUACAGGGUUACUAGUACAGUUGUGCUUCAAUUCAUAAUACUUAGGACAGACUCCACUCGUAUAUGUCUCUUUGACGAGAAAACUUAAUCUUAAACUUAAUCAUCUUCAUACCAACAUUUCUAUUACUCAUUGAUCCUUUCUAUUGAUCCUUUUCAUUAUUGAUUGAUCGUUUCUAUCAUUCAUUGAUCUUCAUAGCAAUAUUUCUAUUAUUUUCGUAAUAGGCUUGAGCCUCACAUUUCUAAAGUUCCGUAGCAUGAGGCACAAGCCGGAAGCAAAAAAGUUACAGGAGGAGUUGAAUAAAUCCCGUCCCGAAACACGCCUUGCGGCAUACGAACUCCAGCUUAAGGCUCUCAUCAUAUAAAUAUAGCUAAAGCUUAGUACUACUGUUUGGAUCUCAUUAUAAGCAAAAUAUUUUGUGGAGGUAGUACUUGUUGGAUCUCAUUAUAACUAGAAGUCUUUUUGGAGGUAGUAUAGUUUCUUGUAUUUCGUUGUGACUGACUGAUUUUUGUUCUCGUCUUUUCGACUUGGGGUUGCAUUGGAAUCACCUCAGUCAAAAACUCCAAUAACAUUCAGUUGUGAGGUUCCCAUGUUGUCUUUAUUGACGCGUGAAGAACCUGCUUGUUGGAUUUUUUUUUAGACGGUAGCCCUGCCUGAUGGAGACGCACCUUUCUGAUUUACAUCCACGUCAAUCUUCUCUCAGCUGCGCAUCUCUCUUCGCAUUGGGGACCGAAAAAGCAUGUUUUUCAAGAGCAAGAGGGCUAGUACUAGUGUUGUACUCCAUUAUCUGAGAACGAAGUAAAGGCGCCCUAUUCUAUUCGAUUCUAUCCGAUCCUAUCCUACCCUACCCUACCACAAGAGGGCUAGUUGUAAGUACUAGUGUCGUACUCCACUUCAUCUUCUAACGAAAGGGAAAAACUUCAGAUGCCUGCAGCGAAGUCAAAGCUGGAGUUCUAUGAAGCUGUGGACACCGAUUACAGCCAGGUGGAUUGGAUUACGCCUCAGAGAGCUCAAGGGUCACAUGCUUGGUCUCUCUUGUCGGCGGUGGCGCGCUCUUUUUUACCGCAGAAGCACCUCGAGGUGUACAAAGAGUGGACUCUUCGGAUGAAGCUCCUCGCUUUGGUACGACUUUCAGAGACGUGGACGAAGAUAGAUUACGGCACAGAGUAAGAUCGCUGACUAAAUCACAUGAAUGUGGACUAUCACAUGUGGAUACAUGGUUUCACUUGCUAUCCCAUGAAUAUGCUCGACUAUCUAUGCUAAGUGAAGAUGAGGUGGUCCUUGAUUUAAUGGGGAGACCAGAGCGAAAGAGGGCUCACGGUUCUUGGAUCUAAAACGAGGAAAAUAAGAAGUUGAUUAUUCUGAACGAGGGGAAAGAACAAACUAGCGCUAAAUAGAGGGCAAGGACCGCGCUCACUCCGUUGCAGUGGUCACUCUGAUGCAGAACAGCCUACCACGCAUUGAAAAACGUUUGCGCCGUUUGGAGUUGAAGGCUACUAUGGACAAGUCGACGACAAAGGGUAGUGCUGCGGCCAGGAGAACAUCAAAAUUAGAUUAAACUUAAGGUAGCCCAAUGGCUACGGUUUGGAUGAUGCUCUUCAUCAUCCUAAGCGAUGUCGCCC